AUGUCACCAACCCUGCUGGAUAUGGCUCAGAUCUUCGGAUUCAGGCCUCAUAGAAGACCUGUUGAUGCCGUUGGGGAUUAUCAUCGAAGGAAUAACCAAGAAAAACUGUCCAAGCCUUUCACCGUUUCUUCAGCCGUGAUCAACCAGAACUGUUCUUUUUCCAAUUAUCUGAGGAAGUUCAGUGUUGAGAAGGACAAGGAUCAAUAA